AGAGGAAAUCGCCCUCGGAGCCGAGGCAGAAGGCCUGGCGGAAGGCCUGGCGGCGGCGGCGGCGGCGGCGACGGCAACGACAUCACCACCACCACCACCACCACCACACCACCUAGACCACUACUACUGCUAGCGGCAGCUCCAGCAGCAGCGGCGCCUCAAGAUGUCCAUCGAAAUCGAGUCCUCAGACGUGAUCCGGCUGAUCAUGCAGUACCUGAAGGAAAACAGCCUCCACCGGGCGCUCGCCACCCUUCAAGAGGAGACCACCGUGUCCCUCAACACCGUGGACAGCAUCGAGAGUUUCGUGGCGGACAUCAACAGUGGGCACUGGGACACGGUGCUGCAGGCCAUUCAGUCUCUGAAGCUGCCCGACAAGACCCUCAUCGAUCUCUAUGAGCAGGUUGUGCUGGAGUUGAUCGAGCUCAGAGAGCUGGGUGCUGCGAGAUCUCUGCUGAGGCAAACGGAUCCCAUGAUCAUGCUGAAACAAACUCAGCCAGAGCGCUACAUCCACCUCGAAAACCUUCUGGCCAGGUCUUACUUUGAUCCUCGUGAGGCGUACCCAGAUGGGAGCAGCAAAGAGAAGCGGAGAGCUGCUAUUGCACAAGCUUUGGCUGGAGAAGUCAGUGUGGUGCCUCCAUCUCGUCUCAUGGCACUGUUGGGGCAGGCACUGAAAUGGCAGCAGCACCAGGGCCUGCUUCCUCCCGGUAUGACAAUUGACUUGUUCAGAGGCAAAGCAGCUGUGAAAGACGUAGAAGAAGAAAAGUUCCCCACGCAGCUGAGCAGGCAUAUUAAGUUUGGGCAGAAGUCACAUGUGGAGUGUGCUCGGUUUUCUCCAGAUGGACAGUAUCUGGUUACUGGCUCAGUUGAUGGCUUCAUUGAAGUAUGGAACUUCACUACUGGAAAGAUUAGGAAGGAUCUGAAGUAUCAGGCACAAGAUAACUUCAUGAUGAUGGAUGAUGCAGUGCUGUGCAUGUGCUUCAGUAGAGAUACAGAGAUGCUAGCAACUGGAGCACAGGAUGGAAAGAUCAAGGUGUGGAAAAUCCAGAGUGGUCAGUGUCUGAGAAGAUUUGAACGAGCUCACAGUAAAGGUGUUACGUGCCUCAGUUUCUCUAAAGACAGCAGUCAAAUUCUGAGUGCUUCUUUCGAUCAAACAAUCAGGAUUCAUGGUUUAAAAUCUGGGAAAACCCUGAAGGAAUUCCGUGGUCAUUCUUCCUUUGUCAAUGAAGCUACUUUUACCCAGGAUGGCCACUAUAUUAUCAGUGCAUCCUCCGAUGGCACAGUGAAGGUUUGGAAUGUGAAGACAACAGAGUGCUCCAACACCUUCAAGUCUCUUGGUAGCACUGCGGGGACAGACAUUACUGUGAACAGUGUCAUUCUGCUGCCUAAAAACCCAGAACACUUUGUUGUUUGCAACAGAUCGAACACAGUCGUCAUCAUGAAUAUGCAAGGACAAAUUGUAAGAAGUUUUAGCUCUGGUAAGAGAGAAGGUGGUGACUUUGUCUGCUGUGCACUUUCACCUCGUGGUGAAUGGAUCUACUGUGUUGGUGAAGAUUUUGUGCUGUACUGCUUCAGCACAGUGACGGGCAAGCUGGAGAGAACUCUGACUGUCCAUGAAAAAGAUGUCAUUGGCAUUGCUCAUCACCCCCACCAGAACCUGAUUGCCACUUACAGUGAAGAUGGCCUCCUCAAGCUCUGGAAACCAUAGAUUGAUUUUGCAGCAAGCUCUGAAGCAUGCCUGUUAGUUGCAGGUUACUAGUGUUUGUGCUUUGGCAAGGUCUAAAUAUGCAGAGUGUGAUACUUGCUCAAUUUUCAGUUCAGGUUUCCAGAGAAUUACAUUUUUACCUACCUAGAGUGGAUUGAUGCAUAAGUAUAGCAUCAGCUAAUUUCAUAUACUUUUAUUUUUACUAGAGUAGUUGAAGCAACUUCAGUGAGAAUGCUUUUUUUGCCUCCUGAAGUCUGUACUCUUCCUACAAUGUUUGUAAAAAUUCAUUGAGCCAGCAGCUGUACACGCUUAUGAGUGGUUGCUGACUUCCUGGAAUACAGUAAAAUUCUUCUUUUUCUUUUUUUUUUUUUUUUUCUUUUUUAAGCAAAAUGUGGAAUGGAAAGCUGUCUCUUUCCCACUGCUGAAACAGGAAUAGUUUCCUGGAAUGCAGAUGAGGAUACAGUAUCAUCAGCUUGAAGAUGGGGUUAUUUCUAUGCCACUGGGCUUUGCUGUGUUCAUUUUUCCAAUUAUAUUGGAAAGUAGUGUCACACAGCUGCCUCAGAAUUAAACUACCCUUCCCCAUCUGCCAGCACUUCCUACUAUAGACUGUGAACCUGCCUAAUGUGGCAGUGAGAUACAGUUGAUUUUAUUUGGGGAUUUUUGUUUUGUUUGUUAUUUUGUUUUACUUCACUUCCAUACUAAAAGGAGUUAUUACCGGGGCCCUCUUCCUAUAAGUGCAAAAUGUUUUCAGACCAGCUGUAACUGAAACAGGCUCCAGGGGAUCAAUAUUUUAAAACAUGCAAAAGUUGCAUGUUUACAUAGGCUGAGUUCCUAGUGCUGUGAUAAUGCUUUAAAUAAGUAUUUUUAAGAUUUUUUUUUUUAAAUUUCAUUUGCCUGUGGACCUAGCUGAGGUUAUGCUUAGGGGUCCCACAAGAUGAUAAAAAGAUACUUGCAAGCUCUUCAAUUUGAAGCACAUGAUUUUUUGUUGAAAGAUUCUGACUAAUGUACACUAUUCUGAAUGUACACCAGCGUCUUCUAAAGUGUGUGUCUUGUCUAGGAUGCAGAAAAAUGAGGUUUUUCCUGUAAUGAUGAAUCAAAUGCAUGUGGAUUUAAAUCUGCUACAUUGUGUUCUGUCUUAGAUGAUCUCUUGUAGAAUGCUUCCUACUGCAAGUAAUCUUUCAGGCAGUAAUAACUUGUCUUCAACUUAAUAAAUUAGUUCCACUUUAA